AAGGCGUGGCCUGUCGGUAGCCUGUGCUUAGGGAGGCGACGGCCGGGCCACACUCAGUGUGCGGCGGCCCGGCGCGGGGACAGAGCUGACGUCCGAGCGCCCGGCGUGCACAAGACGCGCGCGCGCGCGGCCUCGAGGGAGCCUCCGGGCACUGACCGCCCGCGACCGACGUGCCGGUGCUGGUGGUGACACGGAGGCCCGUCGGCGGCCACCGCCCGAUCGUGCAGGGGCAUCAAGACAGCGUCCUUCAAAAGCCGACCAUGAAUGGCUCUGACAACCAUCCCAAGUCCUACGACUAUGACCUCAUCAUCAUCGGCGGGGGCUCGGGAGGACUGGCAGCUGCCAAGGAGGCAGCCAAAUAUGACAAGAAGGUAAUGGUUCUGGAUUUUGUCACUCCAACCCCUCUUGGAACUAGAUGGGGUCUCGGCGGAACAUGUGUGAACGUGGGCUGCAUCCCCAAGAAGCUCAUGCAUCAGGCUGCUUUGCUGGGCCAAGCCGUGCGCGACUCUCGCAACUACGGCUGGGAUAUUCAGGAGACAGUUAAACAUGACUGGGAAAAAAUGACAGAAGCUGUGCAGAAUCACAUUGGCUCACUCAACUGGGGCUACCGAGUGGCUCUGCGGGAGCGCAAGGUCACCUAUGAGAACGCGUAUGGCCAGUUUGUUGGUCCUCACACCAUCAAGGCAAGAAAUAACAAAGGCCAAGAAAAAACGUAUACAGCGGAGAGAUUUCUCAUUGCCACUGGUGAAAGGCCACGGUAUUUGGGAAUCCCUGGUGACAGAGAAUACUGCAUCAGCAGUGAUGAUCUUUUCUCCUUACCAUACUGCCCGGGGAAGACUCUGGUGGUUGGAGCAUCCUAUGUUGCUUUGGAAUGUGCUGGGUUUCUCGCCGGCAUUGGUCUAGAUGUCACGGUUAUGGUGCGGUCCAUUCUUCUUCGAGGAUUUGACCAGGACAUGGCCAACAAAAUCGGUGAACAUAUGGAAGAGCAUGGUGUCAAGUUUAUCAGAAAGUUCGUGCCAAUACAGAUCGAACAGAUUGAAGCCGGAACUCCAGGCCGACUCAAGGUGGUGGCCAAGUCGACGGUGAACGACGAGACCAUCGAGGGGGAGUACAACACGGUCUUGCUGGCAAUCGGAAGAGAUGCAUGCACGAGGAAAAUUGGUUUAGAAACCGUGGGUGUAAAGAUAAAUGAAAAGACUGGAAAAAUACCCGUCACCGAUGAAGAACAGACCAAUGUGCCUUACAUCUAUGCCAUCGGCGAUAUCCUGGAGGGGAAGCUGGAGCUCACCCCCGUGGCCAUCCAGGCGGGCAGGCUGCUGGCACAAAGGCUCUACGCUGGCUCCAGGAUAAAGUGUGACUAUGAAAAUGUUCCAACGACUGUAUUUACUCCUUUGGAAUAUGGUGCUUGUGGUCUUUCUGAAGAGAAAGCUAUAGAGAAAUUUGGGGAAGAAAAUAUUGAGGUUUACCACAGUUUCUUUUGGCCCUUGGAAUGGACGAUCCCAUCAAGAGAUAACAACAAAUGUUACGCGAAAGUAGUCUGUCAUAUCAAAGACAACGAACGCGUCGUGGGCUUCCAUGUCCUGGGCCCGAAUGCUGGAGAGGUGACCCAGGGCUUCGCAGCUGCCCUCAAGUGCGGACUGACCAAAGCUCAGCUGGACAGCACCAUCGGGAUCCACCCCGUGUGUGCAGAGGUCUUCACGACGCUGUCGGUGACCAAGCGCUCCGGAGGCAACAUCCUGCAGGCCGGCUGCUGAGGUUAAGCCCCGGUGCGGGUGCCGCCCGCCAGACUCCGCGCCGCGCCCCUCCGGCCCCGAUCCAGGGUGAAGAAGAUUUCGAGAAGGGACUCGAACUUCUGCCCUGGGCGUCCUGCGCACCCUCCCUCCGGGUCGGAAGCAGCGGGUGGAAGGCAGGCGGCAUCGCACUGGGGUUCCCGCCACCGGCUGAGCCCAGCGCCCGACAGGCACCCCAGGGUGCAUCCAUGAAGUCACCAGCCUCAAGCCUGCGGGUGGGCGGUGAUGGAACCUUGUCGGCGCUUUCAGCCUCCCUCUCCGGGGUCCUUCCUCACGUGGAAGACCCUCCGUGACUCCUCUCUUUCUGUCUUAAGGCGUUACUGGUCCUAGUUAGGAGAAAAAAAAAAGAAGGUUAGCGGUGGGCUCUGGUGUAGAGCUGGGUGGGCCCCCUUGCCCCAUGAAGGAGCACUGCCCAGACCCAGUUGCACUAAACAGCGCACAUCCCUCACUGUUUAGCAGUGUCCCCUGAUAAAAAAAAAAAAAUCCAUUUCCAAAGCAAGUCAGUGGAAGGCUGAGUCUGGGUGGGCUCCUCUUGGGGAGGGGGCGGCUGCCUUUAUCCUGGGGCUGAACGGAGUGUCCUGGCUGUGCUUUUUCCCCGUCUGUGUAUGUCAUGUCCUUUUCUGAGAACUGUGCCCAUAGGAACGCGAUUCUUCCCACUCUUCUGUCAUCAUCCCAUUUUAAAGGAAACGCUUGAUGUCCUAAGUUAUUCUCAAACACAGGUGGAUGUGAAGGAUUUUCAGAAA